AUGGCCGAGCUCCAAGACGACCACCGCCCCGAGGGGUACGAUCCCGACUCCCGCGCCGGCGCCGGCGCCGAACCGGUCGGCAUCGAGAUCCGCCGCUCGCGGGCGGGGUUCGGGGCGGAGGAGCCUGUGUUGGCUCCGACGCUGGUGCUGGCACCGGUGGAGAAGCCUCGGAAGGUGUCGGAGCGGGAGCGUAGGCAGCAGGAGGAGAUGGCAGUAGAGCUAAGGGAACGAAAGAGCACGCAGUGGAAGGGCCGGAGGGUGGUGUGGGACUACCGCAAGGCCGAGAGGGCACUCGCGCAGCUGGAGAACCGGGAGGUGGAGCCACAGGCACCGGAGGGGGAGGAGAAGGAGAAAGGGGCAGAGGAGGAAGAGGAUGUGAUCACUGAAGAGGAUUUGCAGAACAUACUGUCUAAGUUGCGUGAUCAGUACCAGUAUUGCCUUUAUUGUGGAUGCAAAUAUGAAUCACCAGAAGUGCCGGCAAAUGAAUGCUCCGGUCCUGAUAAUACUGUGAUGUUUCAUCUUUCAUCCAUCUCAUGUACAUAUGUUCAAGAUGGCGCCAUUGGUUCCUCGGCAGAAUGGGAUGCAAAGACCCGAUAUUGUUUGAAAGAGGAGGCCUCCCGGCUCCAGGAUGAUAAAGAUUCUGGGCUUUGGUGGCUCCACUGUGUCAUUGUCCACUGUGUGCAGAGUGUAGUGAACAGUGAAACAUUGGAGGACACGAUACAGAAAGGCGUCAACUGUCGACAUUGA